AUGGACGAUAACUUUCAGUCGCAAUUAGAAGUUUAUCAAAAUCCUAAUACUUAUCCUGAACUCACUUCAGAUUGCGAUUCAUCGAAGUAUAAAAGGUUAUUAAGGAAAUCAAAUUGUCCAAUGCAUUUCGAAAUGUUUACCACUAAGUUUCUUUUGUCAUCGUUCCUAGUGGUAUUAUGGUGUCAGAAUGCGCAAUUUGAAGAGAUACCUGUGCAAGAAGAAACAUUCGACGUGUUCUUCGACAAUACUCUAGAAUCUAAAGCCCUUAUAGCAAAUAAUAAACGUAACAUUAAAGAUGUGUGGAACAAUAUAAAAAAUAGUAUUACAAAUUCUUGGAAUGCACUCAAAACUUUUGCUAAAUCUAGCAAAGAAAAAAUGAAGAAUAUGACUGAAAAAGUGAAGGCGCGGGCAAGAGAAGUGGUUAAAUCAUUUCAAAACCACAUGGCUGUUCUCAAGCAAAAAUUUAAUGACGUUAUUAAGAAAGUAUUUGAUGAAACAGAAAUUGUGAAAAAAUGUUUAAUCGAAGAAAGAGAAGCAAUAGAAAAUUUUAUAAAGGAAAUAACACAACAUCUGACUGUUUUGCAUGGCUGGAAGUCUGAAAAAUUGUCGGUAGUGCAUGUCGACACGGCUAAAGCAAUGAACGAUACGGACUUCUUCAAAGAUUUGGAAAAUAAAUUUAAAGGUGUGUGGAACAAGAUUUAGAUAGCGCUGAAGAAUGCCUCCAAGCAAGUUAGAAAAGAUGUUUUUGAUGAUAGUGAACGAAGGGGAAGUUGACAUUUUAAAAUUUAAGAUGGAAUCAAGAAAUAUGGCCGACGAUCUUUUAGAGACCCUGAUCGUCUGUUCGAUCAACGCAAUGAUUGAAGCUUCAGGCAAUAUUACAGUUGAAGUUCUUCACGUAACCA